CUAUGGAAAUGACCCACUCUAAGGAGAUUUUAAGAGUUGCGGUAGAUGACAUGGAUAGUCCCGGCACUCCCGGUUGGAAAGCUGAGUACUACUUUAUAAGCGGCAAUGAAGAUGGAAUGUACAAUAUUACCACUGACCCCAUAACAAACGAGGGAAUUAUUGGUAUUGCCAAGGAGAAGAAUUUUGACAUAACCAGUUUGGUAAAACUGCAAAUUGGAGUUAAGAAUCCUGAAACCAUGUCAUUCUGUAAAGAUGGAAAAUUAAUUACAGAUUCAAGCCAGCUUCCUCCCCCCGAUUCUGUUAAGAUCACAGUGAGAAUGAUUGACACUAACGACCCCCCAGAGUUUGAAAAAUAUACUGACACUGUACACCAGAAAGAGGAAUCAGAGCCAGGAAAGUCACUGUAUACUCCUAUAGUCCAUGAUGUUGACUCUUCCAACAUCAGGUUUGAGCUAAUAGAAGACCCUGCUAAUUGGGUGACUGUUGAUAAGAAAACAGGAAAAAUCACAACAAUCAAGAAGAUGGAUAGAGAGUCACCGUUUGUUGAUGAAAAUAAUAUUUACAGAAUAGUAGUUGCUGCAAUUGAUAAUGGUGCACCUCCAGCCACAAGUACAUUUACCCUCAAGGUUCACAUCGGGGACGAAAAUGACAACAUUCCCACGCUGGUCAACAAGACAGUCGUAUUGUGCGGAAACCUUGCCGAUAAGGUCUCAGUGCCUGUGAAGGAUGCUGAUGCAGAUCCUUACAGUGGACCCUUCAUCUUCUCCAUUGCAAAUGAUGACACUAAGUGGGAAUUAGAAAGUACCUACGGUGAAGAGGUCGUCCUUGUUAUUCGGGAGAAGAUUCCCUAUGGUAACUACUCAGUGCCACUGGUAAUUCAGGACAAGCAGAAUCAAGCUACAAAGGAGACUCUGAGAGUGGAGGUGUGUGACUGUGAUGAAAGUGGUGUUUGCCAUGAACAUAAACCUCUUUCCAUUGUCCUGGGUGGAGCAGCCAUAGGACUAAUUAUUGCAGGACCGCUUGCAUUUCUGUUACUUCUCGCCAUUGUUGUGUGCAAUCGAGGUUUGGAGUUUACAUAUUUGGAUAUGGAUAAAGGCACUCAGACACUGGUCAAGUAUAACGAAGAAGGUGGUUGUAGUGACUGCAAGACUGAUCCCUUCAUCCUAACACUAGGGGGUUUCGCAGAUGGCAAGAAGAUUUCCUACAUGCAGAACACUAGGACACCACCAGGAGUUCUCUAUGGUAAUGGAAGGAACAGCACAGCAACUUUCAGCAAAAAUAAACUCAGACAUGAACACAAUAGAGUCAAUGCAGCAGAGAGCACCAAGAAGCUCUAAGAGGGCUUCCAGAGUUUAAAUCUUAUAGAUUACAACAAUGAAAAAAGGAGCUGCCAUAUAUACCUCAUAUUCUAUUGACUAUUGCCUGACUUAUGCUGGAGGAGGGGACAGCAGACAGCUGUCAUCAGUUACUGGAGCAGCUGCCAAACGACGACCAAGAGGUGGAUUUUAAAUAUCUGGACAAUCUGGAGCCGCAAUUCAAGACCUUGGGAAACAUUUGUUUGGAGUCAAUUCAAACAAAGACGUCUUGAGUUGUAAAAGAAUGCUGGAAGGAAACUUGCGUGGCAUAUAAGUCACUCAUACCUUCUUCAAAGGGUACAAAUACAAAUGGACUUUCUGAGAAGUGUAUCAACAGAAUAGCUGGAUUUUGUACAUUAUGUACAUCACAUACACAUCACACAUCUUUAAAUCCAUGAAACAGGGCUUGUGUGGUAGCAGCUGCAGUUUGCUUGCUGCUAUAUGCACUAGGUUAUGCUCCAUCAAUUACGAAAAGCUACAUUUUGUUAGAAAUAUGAUAUUUACUUGUUUCUUACUUCGGCAAAGUUAUUUAUGUUUAAAAGCAAUUUUUAGUUGUGAUAUUUUGGAUGUCAUUUGUAACACUAAACAGAAGUAAACUUGUGGAAACUGGGAUUUAAAAAAAUAGCUUGUACAAUAGUAACCUUUUGUAGAGGAUUCUUUAUGUGCAUCAACACAAAGACUGGGGAGAGUCAAUAAUACUCAGUCAUGAAGCUGUAAACGUGUUCACGCAAUGAUGAGGCACAUGUGGGUGGGGAAUGAAUGUUGAAGAUUUCACAAAAUUUUUAUUAUUUCUUGUUAUGUUAGAUUACCUAUUUAUAAACAUUACUUAGACUUUUUAAGAAAACAUGAACGUAGUGUUAUGAAAGGAAUUUACAUUUACGAUAACUAAAAAAAAACAUGUUCACAGCAAUAGAAAGUGAAAGUAUUAAGGUUACUUGCCAGUUUUCUUGUGAUCUAAAAGAGUUGUUGGCUUGUUAAGUUUGUUAGCAGUAUCCACAGGGUAUGGGUCUUUUUAUGUGGUGAGGCUAAGUCACAUCUGACAAAUAUAUAACGGCAUUUUCUUUUUGCACUGGGACCCUGUCCCCAACUUCCCUGAAAGUUUGAAUUGCAACUUAAAAAGGGUUCAUGGUGCUCUGUCUAAAGCAACUUUAUUUUGCCAUGUUGGGUAGAAAUUUGACUCUAGCCAGUCACUCAGUGUUGUUUUAAUAGACACUGUUAAUGGUUAGCCUAUACAGAGUCCUUUGCAGUUUCUACUUUUGAUGUUUCUCUCUAACUUUGAAAUAGGUUUAAUUCUGGGUCUUAUUUUUUCUAAAUA